AUGAGCACCAACAAUGAUAUCGAGCGUCAAAUCAUGAUGGAAAUGGAAGCAGAGAUCCAUCGAUCGCAAGGGCAUCGUCGUGAUCUAUACUCUAGCCCUCCACCCUUUGAAAUCACCCCUAUCACGGAGGACCCGAUGGAGGUCACCAGGAAGGCAGAGGUAGAGCGAAUUCAGCGUGAAAUCGAAGAGCGCCUCCGCCGGAAACAGAAACAGCAGCGUGACCCUCUGCAGUUGUCGCCAAGUUCCCUGCCCAAUCAAGGCGUGCCGGGUGCAAUCUACAGCUCUUUACAGCAGCCCCCAAACCUUGCCUCGUUAACUGGAGUCCACAGUCGUUCUACAGUCGAUGCAUCUCUUACCAGUGAGCCUAAGGACGACGCCGAGUCUGAAGGUCUGUCCGAACUUCGCCAAAAGGAGGAGGAACAGGCGAGGAGAGAUACGGAGAAUAAAACACCAAUGAAUGCGGAGGAUAACCUGAGCAGCAGCGCCUCCGUUCAAGUACUGCGGGAGGCGGAGGAGCAGGCCCGUCUGAGAGCGGAGGAAGAGGCUCGUCGUGAGGCGGAGGAGCAGGCCCGUCUGAGAGCGGAGGAAGAGGCUCGUCUGAGAGCGGAGGAAGAGGCCCGUCUGAGAGCGGAGGAAGAGGCUCGUCUGAGAGCGGAAGAAGAGGCCCGUCUGAGAGCGGAGGAGCAGGCUCGUCGGGAGGCGGAGGAGCAGGCCCGUCUGAGAGCGGAAGAAGAGGCCCGUCUGAGAGCGGAGGAGCAGGCUCGUCGGGAGGCGGAGGAGCAGGCUCGUCUGAGAGCGGAGGAAGAGGCUCGUCUGAGAGCGGAGGAGCAGGCCCGUCUGAGAGCGGAGGAGCAGGCCCGUCUGAGAGCGGAAGAAGAGGCUCGUCUGAGAGCGGAGGAAGAGGCUCGUCUGAGAGCGGAGGAGCAGGCUCGUCGUGAGGCGGAGGAGCAGGCUCGUCUGAGAGCGGAGGAAGAGGCUCGUCUGAGAGCGGAGGAAGAGGCUCGUCUGAGAGCGGAGGAAGAGGCUCGUCUGAGAGCGGAGGAGCAGGCCCGUCUGAGAGCGGAAGAAGAGGCUCGUCUGAGAGCGGAGGAAGAGGCUCGUCUGAGAGCGGAGGAGCAGGCUCGUCGUGAGGCGGAGGAGCAGGCUCGUCUGAGAGCGGAGGAAGAGGCUCGUCUGAGAGCGGAGGAAGAGGCUCGUCUGAGAGCGGAGGAAGAGGCCCGUCUGAGAGCGGAGGAAGAGGCUCGUCUGAGAGCGGAGGAAGAGGCUCGUCUGAGAGCGGAGGAGCAGGCUCGUCGUGAGGCGGAGGAGCAGGCUCGUCUGAGAGCGGAGGAAGAGGCUCGUCUGAGAGCGGAGGAAGAGGCUCGUCUGAGAGCGGAGGAGCAGGCUCGUCUGAGAGCGGAGGAGCAGGCCCGUCUGAGAGCGGAGGAGCAGGCCCGUCUGAGAGCGGAGGAGCAGGCUCGUCUGAGAGCGGAGGAAGAGGCUCGUCUGAGAGCGGAGGAAGAGGCUCGUCUGAGAGCGGAGGAGCAGGCCCGUCUGAGAGCGGAGGAGCAGGCUCGUCUGAGAGCGGAGGAGCAGGCCCGUCUGAGAGCGGAGGAGCAGGCCCGUCUGAGAGCGGAGGAAGAGGCUCGUCUGAGAGCGGAGGAGCAGGCUCGUCUGAGAGCGGAGGAAGAGGCUCGUCUGAGAGCGGAGGAACAGGCCCGUCUGAGAGCGGAGGAGCAGGCUCGUCUGAGAGCGGAGGAGCAGGCCCGUCUGAGAGCGGAGGAGCAGGCCCGUCUGAGAGCGGAGGAACAGGCUCGUCUGAGAGCGGAGGAACAGGCUCGUCUGAGAGCGGAGGAGCAGGCCCGUCUGAGAGCGGAGGAGCAGGCCCGUCUGAGAGCGGAGGAGCAGGCCCGUCUGAGAGCGGAGGAACAGGCCCGUCUGAGAGCGGAGGAAGAGGCCCGUCUGAGAGCGGAGGAGCAGGCUCGUCUGAGAGCGGAGGAAGAGGCUCGUCUGAGAGCGGAGGAGCAGGCUCGUCUGAGAGCGGAGGAGCAGGCUCGUCUGAGAGCGGAGGAGCAGGCCCGUCUGAGAGCGGAGGAGCAGGCCCGUCUGAGAGCGGAAGAAGAGGCUCGUCUGAGAGCGGAGGAGCAGGCUCGUCUGAGAGCGGAGGAAGAGGCUCGUCUGAGAGCGGAGGAGCAGGCCCGUCUGAGAGCGGAGGAGCAGGCUCGUCUGAGAGCGGAGGAGCAGGCCCGUCUGAGAGCGGAGGAGCAGGCCCGUCUGAGAGCGGAGGAGCAGGCCCGUCUGAGAGCGGAGGAGCAGGCCCGUCUGAGAGCGGAGGAGCAGGCUCGUCGUGAGGCGGAGGAGCAGGCCCGUCUGAGAGCGGAGGAGCAGGCUCGUCGUGAGGCGGAGGAGCAGGCUCGUCUGAGAGCGGAGGAAGAGGCCCGUCUGAGAGCGGAGGAAGAGGCUCGUCUGAGAGCGGAGGAGCAGAGUGCGCCGCAGCAAGGGUUGUGUUUAUACCCUUAUGGAAGUGGAAGGUUAUCGUCAGGUGAGUGUGAGGUGCAGAGUGAGGGAAGAAGCGAUUCUAAAGACUCUGCCUCCGAGACCAUUAGCCGGUACUCGCUCUCUACUCUAGAGGCCAACCGCAAUGACAACGGUAUCCUCUCGAGGACGGAAGAAACGUCUGUGAAGGGCAUAACGAAUGAGGCUUCGAUUGAGAGCUUUGAGGCGACCCUGUCCGCGGAGCUGAAAACGCACGGACUCAUAGAGGAUGCGGUCAGGUGUAGCCGAAUUGAUGUGCAUCGAUACGAGACUAUUCGCGAGUCGGGAAAGUGCUUGUUUCCUCCCAGAGAGAUUACGGGGGAGGUGCCGGCGCACGCAAAAGUGCAGCUGGGCUUCUUCUCUGCCAAGCAGACGAUCAUCGCUCUUCAGCGUCCGCAUCAGAAGUCGAACGCCGACCGCGAGCGGCCGUGUGGGGCAGGUGAGCGCUCGCUUAGCACCCUCAAGUGUUAUUUCGAGUCCGAGGUGCUGAGUGAUCGCACCCUCACGGUGGAUGACGAUGAUUACCCGCAUAACGCCCUCACGGAACGUCUUCUGACGAGGGCAGAGCUAAUGAAGGGUGAUAGUGCCAUGGUACGGAAGGCUGUUUCACAGAUUUCCUACGGCGACCCGAUUCAGGUGUUGGAGAGGGCGUAUCAGAACAGCAAGGUGGACGAUGAUGCGGCGACCAAGUCGACGGCGGCAAAUUUGUGGGUGAGCGAUAUUGACACCCGCAAGCCGAUUCCAGCAAUGCGCACCUUCACCGGGGGCUUUGUAUAUUGUAUUGGUGUGACGAACAUCAGCAACCGAGUAAUGGAGCUGCACGGAGUGGGGACCGAUCCGCUUGUCAUUGCGGCAGCCCUGUACAGCUGGACGGAGCGGCAGAAGGUAAAAGUGUCUGAAACGUUCUACUUUGACUCCGAGCUGGACGUCUUCUAUCCUCAGAAGCAGCGCAGCGAGCUUGCAAAGAAGAACCAGGUCGUGGCCUUUGUGCCAAACGAGUUCAAGGGCACACUGCAUCUCGUGAUACGUGUGUACCGACCCUGCUGCGAGGACUUCGACACCUACGUCGAUUUGUACAGCCGUGCGGACCGCUAUAAGCAGAUCCACGUUGCUCCUAUGAAGCAAGCGACGUUGCUACUGACCCAGGUGUCUGAUGUGCUGGAGGAGCUGGGCUGGAACUCGGUUCCGCUGCAGGACGAGGCAAACCACCUGUCUACGAAACUCUCCGUCGAUCGUCUCUACUGCAAGGGCUUCUCUGAUGCGGAUAUGUUCAAGGUGAUAAAGGACGAGCGCUGGCGCGGCACCCAGAAGGCGCUGCCAGUGGACAUGGUCUUCUCCGUCUCAGAUUUGAGCAACCACGAAGUGGCUUUUCCAUCCGAUCACUCAGAGCCGACGCCAGAGGAGAACGAAUCGAAGGUGAGCCUGCUCGACCCUGAUGUGCCGGGUGCUCGUCCGGUCAUCUACCGCUACUCGCCGUGUUGCAUCCCAAUCCUCAACGCCGGUUACUUCACGACGUACAACAACGUGUACUACUUCUGCGUAUCGAAGCUGAAGGUGAUGUACACAGGCACCCUCCGCAACAUCCCCGCUUCGCAUCACACCUACGCCUUUCAGAUUUGUGUGAAAGCCAAGGACGAUGGGCUCUCGGAGGAGGGUGCGAUAAGGUGCAUCUACGGACGUGGGCUGUCGAACCUGUCAAUGGAGACCACGGCGUGGUCGUCCUCGGUGCACAACUCGAAUGACAUGGUACUGAACGACGAGUUCAAGAUACAAUUGCCGCUAAACCUCUCCGACCACCAUCACAUCUUCAUCACCCUCUAUGCCGUGUGCCCGAGAAAAAAGCUACCAACGCUUGGGCAACCACGUACAAUUAAGAUCGGCUACGCCGCUGUGCCAUUGAUGAUGAACGGCGUGGUACAGGUGCACGACAGCAUCGACAUUAAGUUUGUGGCGUACGAUCAGGCCGCCAUUGCGGCCGCAGGUGGGUACCUGAAGAGCUUUGCAGAGGCUCCCGCGAGCUUUCUUCUCAACAAUGGCGAAGGCGUCGUCAGGGCUUCCAGUCAGACCAAGACGACGGUACACGCAUCCAACCGCAUCAUUGCAUCUGUCUUCCGACAGUGCCCUCCUUCUAUUGCAGAGAUGAAGAAGAACGACAAGGUACUUGACCAGUGCGGAGAGCUGCAGAAUCUGCCUGGGAUGGAGCCGGACCUGCACCGCAGCGUGAUCAGCCUCAUUGCACAGCUUCCGUUGGCAGAGAUUCUGGCCUUUUACCCCUUUCUCAGCGCAUACGCCUUCUCCCUCAUCGGUUCCGGCUCGGCAACGGUGUCGCUGGCUAACCGCAUGCACAUGCUUGACGUCCUUCUCAGCAUUACGUCCAAGGCGCAGCACUACGACACAUCCGCUCACACAAUACGUCGACGUCACAACGCCGAAGGGCUGACACCACAAGUAUUCGUCAAGACAAGCGUUGGUAGUCUUCUGUACCACUUCCUGUCCAAUGACACCCUCUAUGAGGGCGCUGAGUGUAGGUACAAACGCCGCCUCUACAGUGGUAUGGCCGAGGUGUGGCUGAACCUACUUCGAGUGUUAGCGCAGCAGCCUAACGGCGGCGGGGCGAACGCAUGGAAUGAAGACAGCGACGCUAUUCCAACGCCUUCCUCCUCUGCUAACUCUACCAGUCCUAACCGUGGCAGGAAGGCACCGCCGCCGGCUCGAAGCAUUCUGCGUGAGAUGAGCAAUCUGUCGUGGUUUCUCUUCGACAUAAUCUUGCGGUCCAUGUGUCUCUGGGCAGUCGAGAACCCGGCGGUGCCCCGCCAGGAGCUCUUCCAUUCAUCUUUCUACACCACCGUGGCAGAGCUCUGCAUUCUGGCACUGUCGCAGUUGUCCACCUUUGACGAGAGUCAGCUUGUGCACUACGUCGCUAUCUUUGUGCGCAGUCUGAUGCACUACGCCGACCGUGGUCGCGUGUUGAUGAUCUACAAACGCAUUACUGCUUACUUCGAGGAGGAGGGCAACUUUGAGAGCCUUACCAACUUCCUCAAGUACGUCCUGGAAGGCCCGGACACGAUUUACCUGCUGUUGCCCUCCACCGGUGCGGCGCACCCCGUCUUCCUCACACACAUUGUCGUUCACUCGUUCACCACUCUUCUGAUCAACCCGAACCGUGUCACACGGUCGAUCGCUACCGACGUGCUGUAUUCAUUUCUGCGCCGCCUCGCCAACGACUCAGGCACGCCGAGCGAAAACCUCACCUGCAUCGCGACACAGCUGUUUGUGCUGGUACGCAACCUUGGCCCGCACUGGAAGGCAAUCACGCAGCCCAAUGACAAGAUUCCGAUUGAGGUGUUUCAGCGGGACAAGCGGCAACUAUCGAUGACGUGCCUGUGGAUUCUCUACUAUACGCCCCGCCGCACGAUUCGGCAAUGGCUGCAGGAAGAGCUGGAUGGAAAGAUCAUUGCCGGGAUGAUGCAGAUCGUGGCCGAGUCGCAGUCUACCUUCCGGUACACCGCCACCCCCGGCACAGGCGGUGCAAAUGACACGACAAGUGAGACAGAGAAGAAGCGGGUGUGGGAAGCUCGCAUCGCGACCUUUGUGACCGCUAUCGGCACUCAACUGUGCAGUGUCUUUCUGAAUGACAUUCCGAAGGUGCUGUGCACGGUGCGUGAAUGCAGUCCUCACACCGCCGUCUUCCCCUUCUUUGUAAUGCUGGAGUCGGUGCUCAACUUGGGCAACUCCACCAUUUCCCUUCAAAUGAGCUCCGCUGUGCUGCACGAGGUGGUGUGCAAGCUGUUCCCGGAGAUUAUCAGCCGCAAGGCGAGGAUGGGGAACGGCAUGGUGCUCCUCACCUUCCGUCUCAUGAGCAGUUGCUGCCAGUACGUUCGCACCUCUGCGAGCUGUACGUUCCUGCUGAUGAGUCAGGUCUUCUUCUCAUGGAAGAACUCGCUGUCCAAGAUCCGUUCGCUGACUGCGAACGCGCUCGUCUCCGUAGCGGAAUCGCGCGUGAGAGAUCUGCGUCUCGCUGGGCGCUUCAUCGAGUUCCAGUUCGAUGAAUUGAUCGAGAGGGCCAAGGUGGAGGAGGCGGACUACACGGCGCCGUCGCCCGACUUCGCCUCUCGCUACGAGGACGACUCGAACACACCUGGCGGUGAUGCACAGAUGAAGUACAAACAAAAGGUCGAGGACCUGGCUAUGAGCGUGCGGCGAAAUCUUCCCAUCUCGCGCUACUUGCUGGAGAGGUCGAACGUGCCAGACCAGCAGCCACCACGUUUCUCUGACGAGUUUGCCGCCAUGUCAGCGACGGUGCUCAGCCUCUUCGACGAUGUGUUGCGUCUGCAGAUGGACGACUCGAUGAAGUUCAAGGAGGCGAAGGCGACGGCGUACUUUGAGGUGUUCCGCAACUUUCUGCGGCAGAACGCGCUGAAGGAGGCCCUGAAGUGGCUCUACCGACUGCACGACGCACACAGAGCAAACGGCGACUAUCUGGAGGCGGGCAUGGUGCUGGUGUUCAUUGCGGCCCUGUGCUUCCGUGUCACGGAGGUUUUCUACUUUGUGAAGGGGAAAGACUCGAAGGGGGCCCGCAUGCCGUUUGAAGUUCUCUCUCAUGUCUUCUGGCACGACUACGUGCGCAUCCUGCCCGAGGUGGAUAUGUUAUUUCCUGCAGACACGGUGUACGGAGUUGUGUCGGAGCUGUACGUAUGCCCCGACGACGCGUGCUUCUCCAUGGAGGGCCAGGUGAAGGCACUGAAGGAGGCGGCCGAGUAUCAGGACAAGGGUCAGUACUACGAGUACUCGCUGCAGACAAUAGGCAUUGUGAACAAGUACCUGGAGGCGGUCAGCGACUUCAAAGGGUCGUCGGUGGUGCAUAUGGCUAUGUCCACCUGGUGCACUGCCAUCGCAGAGCCCAAAUCGAGACGGCACAACAAUCGCUACUUCCUCGUAUGGGCUCGCAUGGAGCGUGACUCACCUCCCAAGUCGCGUAAGGAGCUGCAAGAGGAAGCAAAUGACGGCAUGGUAGGAGAGAAGUUGCACGGACUGCCGAACGACAAGCCUAUUCGCCGCAUCUACAAGAUGCCUACUAUCACCACUCUGGACGAGUUCAAAAGCUACGCCAAGGCCUACGUAGAGUCGCUCUUCUCUGACACCUCGCUGGUGCGACUGACAGACGACUUGACAGAUACCUUGCCGGCCCUGCCGGAGCCUGACUCGAAGCGCAAACGCGUUGCUGCUGUGCACCGCCAGCCGAAUCACUGCAUGGUGACAGUAAGCGAGGUACAGCCGUACUUCGCGAAGGGUACCCCCGUCCCCCCCGACGGCUUUGACCACUCUAUGCACAUUAGCUACUUUGAGAACACCGUGAGCAUUGGCAGCCGUGAAGAGGUGACGGACGGUCGCAAACUCGACCUCAUGGCGCAGCGUAUGAGUGUGAGCACUUACGAGCUGGAGCGCUCCUUUCCCUCCACGACGUCGGCCAUCGACAUCGCUAAGACGCAUCAGGUAGUUCUUAAUCCAUUCCAGACCGCAGAGGAGAUACUGAACAGCCGACGAGAGGCCAUUAACCAGGCCCCAGUCAAUGACGCCUUGAUCACGGUGCUGCGCAAGGCAUUCUCACCAAAGGGACUGCCGCCCGGUGCGUACAUGAAGGAGGUGAUCGCAGUCAUGGGCGACCACCCUGAAGUGAUUCACGCGGUGCGGGCACUCAGCACUCUCGCCCGUGCGAAACUCGACGCCUGCGUGGGGAUGGACGCCAUGGUCAAGAACCCCGAAGACUACGCGCUGGUGCUGAAGGCGGUGACCGACAUCGAGUGCUGCUUGGUAGCCAUGGAUGCUCCUGACGAGAAUGGUCGCACUAGCAGCAGUGGCAUCUAG